AUGGGCUCUUCUGACCGCAACGAAUCCCCCGAAUCUCCCGAAUCUUCUGGCGCCGCUACGCCCAACAAUCCUAACCGCGCCUCUGCAUCAUAUAUCACCAACAUGUGGACCGGCCUCAUCCGUCGCUUCUCUAGCGAGGGUUCGUUCCCUAGCCAGGCCGACACCGCCUACGAAGACGACUACAACGAGCCCCUUCGUCCUCCACCCCUGGAUCCUCUUGUCCUGCAUGGUUAUCGUCAUGGCACGCCCACGUCGGCCAAGUUGCUGACACCCGCUGUCGCGGAGGAGAUUCGCACCAUGGUCCCUGAGCGCCUGCGUAUCGUCGACGACUGGCAUCUGAUCUAUAGCCUUGAGCAGGACGGCGCGAGCUUAACGACUCUUUAUCAGCGCUGUCGACACUAUGAGGGCAAAAGAGCUGGCUUUGUCCUGGUCGUCAAAGACCUAGAAGGAGGGAUCUUUGGCGCAUACCUAUCCGAAUAUCCGCAUCCUGCGCACUCGUACUUUGGCAACGGCGAAUGCUUCCUCUGGCGAGCCUCUACUAUCACACCUCUCCUCCACCUCCAUCAGCUGAUACGACAAACCUGA